GGGGCUGGGCCGGAGGGAACCUGUGCGGAGGAUUUUAGUUUGGGGAGGGACCUAGGAGUGCCUGGCAGGGCGGGAACUUCAGGGCAGCUGAGACAGUCCCUUGGCCUGGAACACGGGGAGCAGCCUGUCCUGCCUGGAACAGCCCUUGGCCUCCCCGAGGUGGAGGGUGGACCCAGGACAAUGGCUGCUGCUCAUAAUUUGGAGAUGGAAGAGGAUGUGAAUCUGAAUAGGGAUAGAGAGAUGAAAGAAAUGCUGGAAGAGGAGAAAAUGAGAGAGUACAGGGCAGGUAAAGAUCCCUUCAAGCCUAAAAAGGUCCACAGGAUUGUCUCAAAAUGGAUGCUUCCUGAACCGAUGCGAAGAACAUACCUGGAAAGAGCUAACUGCCUCCCGCCCCCUGUGUUCAUCAUCUCCAUCAGCAUUGCUGAGCUGGCAGCGUUUAUUUACUAUGCUGUGUGGAAGCCGCAGAAACAGUGGAUCACCUUGGACACGGGCAUCUUGGAGAGUCCCUUUAUCUACAGUCCUGAGAAGAGGGAGGAAGCCUGGAGGUUUAUCUCAUACAUGCUGGUGCAUGCUGGAGUUCAGCACAUCCUGGGGAAUCUUGUUAUGCAGCUCGUUUUGGGUAUUCCCUUGGAAAUGGUCCACAAAGGCCUCCGCGUGGGGCUGGUGUACCUGGCAGGAGUGAUCGCAGGAUCUCUUGCCAGCUCCAUCUUUGACCCACUCAAAUCUCUUGUGGGUGCUUCAGGAGGAGUCUAUGCUCUGAUGGGAGGCUAUUUCAUGAAUGUUCUAGUGAAUUUUCGAGAAAUGAUUCCUGCCUUUGGAAUUAUCAGACUACUCAUCAUCGUCCUUAUAAUUGUGUCGGACAUGGGAUUUGCUCUCUACAGAAGGUUCUUUGUCCCUGCAAAUGGGUCCCCGGUGUCUUUUGCAGCUCACAUUGCAGGUGGAUUUGCUGGAAUGUCCAUUGGUUAUACCGUGUUCAGCUGCUUUGAUAAGGCACUGCUGAAAGAUCCAAGGUUUUGGAUAGCAAUUGCAGCUUAUUUAGCUUGCAUCUUAUUUGCUGUGUUUUUCAACAUUUUCCUAUCCCCAGCGAACUGA